GGCGGGUCAUUAGAUGACUUGAUGGAGAUGUCGUACAAUUUGGAACCACAUUCUUGACCAUAUUGUCUUGCAACUAAUUUAAAGGACAGUUUUGUUGUUGACUGAGAGAGAGGCAGACAGUAUAGGGUGUAGAUUGCUAUCGCGGUGGUGAUAAGUUGUUUCUCUGUGUACUGGUAUUACAUACAGACAAGGGGAGUUUAAAUGCUAGCGCUAUAUCAUACAACUUACAUUCAGUCCAAGCAUUUAAACUGAGAUGAUCUGCUUUUGAUUUUUAUUUUUAUACAGUUGACUUUUCUUGCAUUGCUUUUUUUACUCUGUAUUUAUACACUUAUUAAUUACUAUUGGAGGAAUUAUACACUGUGUUGACUCCUGGGAGCAGUGGAUUAUAGCACCUUUUGGGAUUUAGCAGUGACUUUCUAAUGCUUUACUGGAUUUAAUGUUCAAGGAGAUUCUGCAGUGAUAUUUUAUCAGAUAGAAGAUGGCACCACUUAGCCAUUGUGUGGUGCUGAUUUUGUGCACAGUGGUUGGCAGACUCUACUCCCUAAGUACAGCAGGUUGUACAGGGAGUGGUAGAAUUAUCACAGAGAAUCAAGUGUCAGUCUGUAAAGGUUCUUGGAAUGGCCAUAUAAGAAAUGCCACCAGUCUAUGUGCCCAAGGUUGGGGAGUAUGCUCAUACAAGGAACAGCAUUUAUUGAGGAGGAUCCAAUGGAAUCAGGCCACGUCUAUUCCGGGCUGUUACGCCAUUAACGCUGCACAUGAUGGAGGUCGCUGUCGGGAAUGUGGAAAUACCAUGGAUCAGGAUGAUUUGGCUGGGAUUGGUAAGCAAUGUCCACAUCAGAACAUUGGUCAGACGUCCUGCAUCCAUGGAGGUCGUAUUGAUGCCAGCUGUUGUGUGGAUGCUCAUUUCCACACUGCGUGUCACCAAACAAAAGACAUAACAGGAGUUGUCUGCUGUAAGGUUAAAGGUCAGAAGCCUCAGAUUUUAGCACGACCCCAGGAGAAGUUGCUGGUCAGGGAGGGGAAGAUAUUUCUGCUGAGUUGUCAGGCGUCCGGAUCACCUAGUCCCACCAUACACUGGUACAAAGAUGGACGGCAGAUUUCAGAUGGGGGCAGAAGCCGAGUCUCUGUUUUGUCUUCAGGUGACUUGCUCUUUACAUUGGCUAAGAGAUCUGACACAGGACUGUACAGCUGUGAAGUUGUCAAUGAACAUGGAAUGGACAUGGCUAGCACCAAAGUCAUCAUAGAGGAUCCCCAGUCAGGGUGUAGAGGUGGGUCUUCAGAUGGGAUAGUCAUACACAGAGAUGUACAUGCCUGUAAAGGGAAGUGGGAGGGGCAUGUCAAAAAGGGGAGGAGUCUAUGUCAGAGAGGAUGGAGGGUCUGCAGUCCCAAGGAUCGAGCCUCACUGCACCAUCUUUCAUGGCUAGACGUCUUUGAUCUGAAAGGUUGCUAUGCCUACAAUGCUGCGAACUCUAGGGGAAAAUGCCAAAGAUGCACAAAUGGAAGGAUGGCAGGGGUGGGCCAACACUGUGGAAGGAUGAGAUACUCCAAAUCGUCUUGUUUGGCCCAUGGCAUGGUUGAUGUUUUCAAACCCAAAGACAAGGUUGAUAGCUGUUCCUACAAAGAGGGGGUCACCACAGGAGUUCUUUGCUGUAGGAAAAAGAAACAACAAUCUGUUAUAAUUCAUAAACCAGCACUAUGCACAGCUAAAUGUGAGAAUGGUGGAACCUGUGUUAAACCCAAUGUUUGCCAGUGUAAACCUGGAUACAAGGGAGCCACUUGUCACAUAGCGGUUUGUGAAGGAGGGUGUGGCUCAUUUGCAACGUGCAUCAAACCGGGAAAAUGCAAGUGUAAAGAAGGUUACAUGGGUAAAAAUUGCCGCAAGAAAGCAAAACAUGAAUGUCUCCGAUUCUGUAUGAAGAGCUGUCCAUCUGGACAAUGUACCUGUCCUAAAUAUGGAAGAUCCUGUACAAAAGUGCUAUGGAUGCAUAGAAAUAGAACAAAUUCAUGAAGGCUGCAAGAGAAGAAGGGGAGAUAAAUUCUGGGAAUCUGUCAACCAUUCCAGCAGAAACUGGGUGGUUCAGCAUUAUAAGGCAACAUUCCGUGAGAGACUGUACAGCUUGGGGUAUCCUGCUGCCAGUACCCACAAUAAUACCAGCCAAUUUAUCAUGUGAUAUAUGUAUUUCCUCAAACAAUGAAAAACUUACUCAUGUAUUGGCCUAUGUUACUGUCUCUGAAUAUACUGACUACAUGUGUAAAUGUAUUGAAUAAAUAUAAAAUACGUAUGAUUAUACUAGUGUAACAUAAAAUUAAAAAAAAAAAUUAAAUUCAUUAGCAAAGCAUUAAACAUGUUUGUAAUAAAUUAUAAUUACAUUUUAUUUUUCAUCAACAUUUUAGAAACAUGUAAAUCAUACAUUAAUUAAUGUAAAUACAAUGUGUAUCAAGACAAAUCCAUGCAGAAGAUAUUUUAAAUCGUGUGAAACUUAGGUUGUCAUGGAGAGUACUGAUAUAAACAUUUCUGAUUAGUAGUAUUAUAGUAGUUCAAGAUUUUCAGUCUAAAAUCUGGGGCUUUCAAUAAUUUUUUCCAGUCUGUAUUUGGAUUUCUUCUAGGAUUUUUAAAAGCAUGCUUUAACAUGGUAAACAAACAAAGUGUAAGAACACAUGACUAAAAAUCAGUUAAAAAAAAUUAAUUAAAAUCUCGCAGCAAAAAAUUUAUUGAGAUCACCUAGAUGAGUUCUUAAUAAGACAAUUAAUGUGAUAUCUGCUUAUUUAGGCUAAUUUUCUGUUGUAUGAUUUUGAAUUUUGAAAACAAUAUACAAUCAUAAUUUGCUUAUCAGCAAGUUUCAUUCACAUUUCCACAUUUCAGAGGCAAUAUUACUCUAUCUACCUCAUUUAUGUAUUCCAUUGACUUGUAUCUUUUUUUUGAGAUUAUUUUCAUGCAAUAUCUGCACAAUGUUUCAAAUUAAUAGCUAAUAUUCAUAAUUAAUUCAUGCAUUUGUCAAUUUCAUUUGCUAAAUUGAUUUUAUAAAUUGAUUUGUGUAUAUUAAUUAUUAUAUGUUGUAUACUAGCAAUUAAAGUUCACAAAUUCAAUUAAUAAAAGCAUUUAUAUUGUGUAGAAUUCAGAUCUGGCCUUAGUCUCACUAGUAAUAUAUUAGCAUAAUAAAUCAACUCUUUGGCCAGUAUUUGAUUGUAUUUUGUAAAAGAAAUCAUUUUGUUGUGUCACUGUAUUUAUUUCAGUGUUACCGUUUAUGUAUUGUAAAUGUGAUGUGAUAUUUACUGUAUAAUUCUGUCAGGAAUAAGUAUCAUGUUACAUUUUCCAAUGCUUGGCAGAUUUGCAUUACAUUUAAUACGUAAUAUUUUCGUUGUAAUUUAAGUAUUUUAUAUUAUUUGAAUGUUUUAGACUUUGAAACAUUAAAUCUGCACUUUAAAUCCGCAUACCAGAUAAUAAUUCCUGUAUUUAACUCAAAGCAAACAAUUCACUACAGAUCAAAUUGUAUUUUAAUAUUUUAAAUUAUGAAGGAUGAUUCAUCAGUAAUAUAUAUUUAACCACGAAAAUUAGUUUUUUAAUAUGUUUCUGUUAAGCCAAUAAAAAGAAGAGUCAAUUAUGCGCAAAUUUUAAAGAAAAUGAUUUAAAAAAAAAUAAAUUCCAAAUAUUUGUAUUAUGCCAAUGAGAUUUGUUAUGAAAUUGCAAUGUUAUUUUUUAUUAAAUUGUUUCUCUGA